GCGCCGGCUUUGUUCGACGCCCGGCGGCCGCGCCUCGGGACUGCCCCACGACGCGCGCGCCUCUCCUCUCCGGGAUGGCUGGCGGCGGGGGCGGCGGCGCAGGCUCGGCGUGGUGCUGAUCGCCGGCCGCAGGGGCCGGGGCCAGAGCGGCUCUCCCUCCCCGCCCUCCCCGCCUUCCCCACGCCCGGUGCGGCGGCGGCGCCAUGGGGAACAUCUCGUCCAACAUCUCGGCUUUCCAGUCGCUGCACAUCGUCAUGCUGGGCUUGGACUCGGCCGGCAAGACGACGGUGCUGUACCGGCUCAAGUUCAACGAGUUCGUCAACACGGUGCCCACCAUCGGCUUCAACACGGAGAAGAUCAAGCUGAGCAACGGCUCGGCCAAGGGCAUCAGCUGCCACUUCUGGGACGUGGGCGGCCAGGAGAAGCUGCGCCCGCUCUGGAAGUCCUACAGCCGCUGCACCGACGGCAUCAUCUACGUGGUGGACUCGGUCGACGUGGACCGGCUGGAGGAGGCCAAGACGGAGCUGCACAAAGUCACCAAGUUCGCCGAGAACCAGGGCACGCCCUUGCUGGUCAUCGCCAACAAGCAGGACCUGCCCCGCUCGCUGCCCGUCGCCGACAUCGAGAAGCAGCUGGCCCUGCAGGAGCUCAGCCCGGCCACCGCCUACCACGUCCAGCCCGCCUGCGCCAUCAUCGGCGAAGGGCUCACCGAGGGCAUGGACCGCCUCUACGAGAUGAUCCUCAAGCGCCGCAAGACCCUCAAGCAGAAGAAGAAGCGGUAGGCCGGAGCCCGCGGGGAGGACUCAGCUCUGCAGCAGCUCCACGUGCCUCGACGGGACGACCCCAGACCCCUGGGGAGGAGGGAGGGAGGGAGGAAGGGGGGGUCACCUCGGAACUGGCUGGCGCUUGGGAGGCGAGGCGGCCUGGCCCACGUUAGCCCCCCCCCCCA